UCUGCCGCUGCGGGCGCCGGCUCGGGGCGGGCUCUGGCGGCAGCGGCGGCGGUAACUCUGCGCCCGCCCUCCUCAUGGCGGCGCGAUGGCCGCUGCCAUCAGAUGUGGUAGUGGAAGGCCAGCAGGGCUCGGUGAGGACCGCGAGGAGAGCGGCGAGGCCGGGGUCCUUGGGCAGGGUUCCUCCGCUCUGAGUCCCGGGAGCCCCGGACCCUGCGCUCCUAACCCUUGGGACGCGCUGCAGAGCCGCUGGCCUUCGCUCCCUCCGUGGACCACGCUCCACACCAGGGACACCGCCGUGAUAUUGGGCUGUCUUGAGGUUGAAAUGAGUCUGUACGCUUGGAAUUGUGUCUGGGCAGAGCUGAGCGCUCGGGGAACGUUGGCAGCUUUACGAUUUGCUUACUGUACCCCCAAAUUACUGCUCCUUGACCAUCGUCAGCACCCCACAGCCCAGCUCCUGCAGAAGCGUCCUUAUCGCCACGUGUGCACAAAGUUGUGUUACAUAUGAUCAUUUUAAAAGACUAGACGGGCCAAGGCACUCUCACUGGGAGUCCCAUUGUCUUUAGAAUAAAAUUCGGCUUUUAACUUGCCUUACUGUCCCCACCCCUUCUUUCUGGACCAUUCCUGUGUUACAGUUAGAACCUAGCUACCUCCUCCUGGCCUUCAGCAGGUUGGAUUCCAUCUGUCUGGAAUGUUUCUCGACUGCCUUUUAGCCCGCGGAUUCCUUUCCCUCCCAGGUCUCAUGCUAUGCCACAAAUGAUUCCAAAGAAAAGUUAUCCCUGUAAAAUGUAGUGAGCAUCUGUAGUCAUCUUGACUUUUAGGCUUUUUAUGUGUUAAUGUGUGCCUUUCACCCUGAAAUUAAACCUGUCUAGGAUAGAAGCUUUAUAUUAUUAACUCUUUAUCCCCGACCUCAAUUCUGCUUACUUCCCGGCUCAGAGGAAGGACCACCUUGGAAGAAUCUGGUGCCUCUGUCUUAAAUGUCUGAGGAGUAGUGUCUAUAUAGAAGAAAUACUGAGUCUGCUCAGCCAACCGGGGAAUAGUGGAAGCAAGGUUCUAAGCGGAGUGCCUUUUUUUUUUUCAUCAGCUGUUGUGUGUGUGUGUGUUUGUACACACACCUAUACAGGCAGUUUCCGACUGUCUUCCUCAGUUGCGCUCUGCCCUGUUCUAGUGAGUCAGAAUCUCACAGAACCUGAAGAUGGCGGCAGUUUUCUUUCUGGGUGACUGGCCAGUGAACUCUCAGACCUCCUUGACUAUCACAAUGUUGGGGUCAUAGGCACAGGUAUUAUGCUGGGCUUUGGAACUCAUGGCAAACCCUCUUAUCCACGGCUCAAAGCUCUAGCCCUCCAUGCAUAUUUUUAAAAGCCCUUAAGGAAAUUUCUGAUGACAUUCUGAGUUUGCUGUCUGGUGAAAGGAUUCCAUAAGAUUUUUUCCCCCAUCUUGGUACAGUAUCCAACACUGCCAAAUUCCAUUGCCUCGCCUGCCUUAGUUUUUAUUUAUUCUCUUUACACAUAUGCUGUUAUUUUCUUCAUAUUUAUUUGAAUCUACUCCUAUGUAAAUACUUUUACAAAGUAGACUUUAUUUUGCUGUGAUAGCUGUAAUGGAGCCAUAAGCUACAUUCUACUGACAGGAAAACAAGUGUUACAGGUGCCUGUGGAGGAGUCCGGGACCCACUGGGAGUUCAGAAGCAAAAUGUAAAGCAUUUUUUACAACUUAGCUUUCUCCUUGAUUUAAGUAGAAAUUGGAAUUGGAGGGGGGUGCUGUUAUGUGCCCAGUCGGUGGCAGGCCCCAGUUGCUUCCACUGUGGGAAUCACUGCUGCUUUGAUUCCAGGCUGGGACUUCGGUGGGUAGAGGGGUACACCUGUAUUCUCCUUCUUUCGAUGUCCCUUACUACUAUUGUGACUUUGCACUUCUGCUA